UGCCGGCGACACAUCCCGCGGCCUCUCUCGGUCACUCCUCACUAUACAUAUACAUAUACGAUACGCGUGUGUAUUAGCGAACCUCUAGACUUUACCGUUUGCACUCCUUCGCUUUAUAAACUAUUUAUCCAAGGUCAUCGUCGAAUUUGACACCUGUUGUUUAUGUUAUUCAAAAGAAAAUCAUCAGCAGUAAAAAUACAGGGAAAAAGAAAUGUGUUUGAAACAACUACUGAUUAAGCUCGCAGACUACUUUAGAUUAAAUUCUCUUUUCUAUCAUUAAAUUGUCACUCCGAGAUAUAGUUUUUCAAUAUGAGUGGCCACGAUAAAAUCGUGUACACAAAGUUACUAUUGCUGUUGUUUGUGUCGGGCGCCUGGAGCAGGUCGUGGGCAAACCACCACGACACAACCACCUCGACAACUCAGACUACGCCUACAACCAGUGCACCCCCAAAGAACUUUCAUAAUGACCCGCUCAUCGUUGAAACUAAGAGUGGUUUAGUAAAAGGUUACGCCAAAACUGUUAUGGGUCGCGAAGUGCAUAUAUUUACUGGUAUACCAUUCGCGAAACCACCACUGGGUCCUUUGAGAUUCCGUAAACCGGUGCCUAUUGAUCCCUGGCAUGGAGUUCUGGAAGCAACGGCCAUGCCCAACAGUUGCUAUCAAGAGAGAUACGAAUAUUUCCCAGGAUUCGAGGGCGAGGAAAUGUGGAAUCCUAACACAAAUAUAUCAGAGGACUGUUUAUAUCUCAACAUAUGGGUACCACAACAUUUACGGGUACGCCAUCAUCAAGACAAGCCGCUAACGGAAAGGCCGAAAGUACCAAUACUUGUCUGGAUUUAUGGUGGUGGUUACAUGAGCGGCACUGCUACGCUUGACCUCUACAAAGCUGAUAUAAUGGCUUCUUCUAGUGAUGUCAUAGUGGCUUCUAUGCAAUACAGGGUUGGCGCUUUUGGAUUUUUAUACUUGAAUAAAUUUUUCUCACCUGGUAGUGAAGAAGCUCCGGGUAACAUGGGCUUGUGGGAUCAACAGUUAGCGAUUCGUUGGAUCAAAGACAACGCUCGUGCGUUUGGUGGAGACCCUGAGUUAAUAACAUUGUUCGGGGAAUCGGCAGGGGGAGGUAGCGUUAGUCUGCACAUGCUUUCACCUGAAAUGAAGGGAUUGUUUAAGAGGGGAAUACUGCAAUCUGGGACUUUAAAUGCACCUUGGAGUUGGAUGACUGGCGAACGAGCUCAAUUCAUAGGCAAAGUUUUAGUAGACGACUGCAAUUGCAACAGCAGUCUAUUAGCUGUGGAUCCGAGUCUUGUGAUGGAUUGCAUGCGCGGUGUGGAUGCUAAGACAAUAUCUGUACAGCAAUGGAAUUCCUACACUGGUAUAUUAGGGUUCCCUUCAGCUCCGACCGUUGACGGCGUAUUUCUUCCCAAAGAUCCAGAUACGAUGAUAAAAGAAGGGAAUUUUCAUAAUACCGAAGUUUUACUUGGGAGUAACCAAGAUGAAGGCACAUAUUUCUUACUCUACGAUUUCUUGGAUUACUUCGAAAAAGACGGCCCAAGUUUUCUACAACGAGAAAAGUUUCUUGAAAUUAUCGAUACAAUUUUCAAAGAAUUCUCGAAAAUUAAGAGAGAAGCAAUUGUUUUUCAAUACACUGACUGGGAAGAAAUAACUGAUGGCUAUUUGAAUCAGAAAAUGAUCGCAGAUGUGGUUGGUGAUUACUUUUUUGUCUGCCCCACUAACUACUUCGCUGAAAUCCUUGCGGACGCCGGCGUUGAGGUCUAUUACUACUACUUUACCCAUCGCACAAGUACCAGUCUGUGGGGUGAAUGGAUGGGCGUGAUGCACGGAGACGAGAUGGAGUAUGUGUUCGGUCAUCCCUUGAACAUGUCUCUACAGUACCACACUCGCGAGCGAGACUUGGCCACUCACAUUAUGCAGUCCUUCACCAGAUUCGCUUUAACUGGAAAGCCUCACAAGCCGGAGGAGAAGUGGCCUUUGUACUCGCGGUCGUCGCCGCAUUACUACACGUACACAGCUGACGGCAGCAGCGGUCCAGCGGGUCCCCGCGGACCACGCGCCUCCGCUUGCGCCUUUUGGAACGACUUCCUCAAUAAACUUAACGAGUUAGAGCACGUGCCUUGUGACGGUGCAGUGACGGGUCCCUACAGCAGCGUGGCUGGUACAACCCUGCCGAUAGUGUUGCUUACGACGCUAGCAACUACCGCUGCACUUUAAACACUAACCGCACGAAACGAACGUUCCGAGAUUAGAGUCCUUUAACCCGUUGUCUUAGGUGGACGACAAACUUAACACUAUUUGAAAUUGCGACCAAUUCAUAAUGCUUGAUACAGAAGAUCAAUAGCUUCAACGACUGCUUUGGUCCCGUCUCGUUUUUUCGAGUUUCUCGUUUAUUUAUUACGACGGGUUGUUUGUCUUUAGUACUAUGUAGUUUAAUGUGAUUUCCAUCUCAAUGUUAUAUAAUUCAUAUAGUUUUAUUAAUUAAGUUGUAUUGUUUGCAUUAACAAAGUUUUGGUGACAGUGUAAAGUGUACGAGAUGAGAGAGACGCUUAUUACAAGAAUUACGAAGGUUGAAUCAAUUGGUGUGAUAUUACGUAUGGAAUGAAAACUGUUUGACGGACAUUUAAUAAUUACAGAAAUGUGUAUCCAGUCAUCGGAAUAGAAUCGGGUUGAUCAUCUAAGAUUUGAUUAAAUAAUUAUAGUUUACAAAUAAAGAGAUUAUCUGCCUCUUUGUUUUAAAGGUGAAGCUACCUUUUAUUUGUAACUAUGAAAAUUGCUUAUAUUUUGUUCCUCUAUGUAACUUAUUAAAAGUCCCUACUACACAUUUGUUUAUAAUGUUGCCCUAUGAGAUUUAAUUUAUUUUUUAAUGAAUAUCUAUCCAUUUUAAUGUAUUGUAUGAGUAUAUAUUGAGAAUUUGAUGUGUAGUUUUUGUGUAAGUUAGUCAAAUGUUUGUAGUUCGGCUUUGUUUGGUACAGCGUCAGUAUUGACGUAAAUCACAAUACAUAUCAAUGUGUGCCUCUGCUUAUAGCAAACGAUACAUAUCUUUAAAGUAGUGACUUUAGAAUUAUAUAUUAUAAAGGAAAUAUAUAGAUUCUAGGAAAUUUUUACCAAUAUAUGUAUAUUAUGACUGUUUGUGAUUAGGGCGCUAUAUUGUACCACUUGAUAUUCUUAUGAAAAUUCACAUUCUUAUGACUAUGAUCAAAUAUAGUAUUAUAUAUUUUGUAAAUAAUCCCUUCUUAUGAAUAGUUCACGAUAUUUUGAACACUAAAUAGGAUUUUUCUAUGUAUGUUAAAGCUAUGUGUAAUAGGAAUAUUAAAAAGUAAUAUAAGAAUUUAUGAAAAAUUUUCGAAUAAUUUAUGUAUACAUGAGAAACACUUAUGCGCAUUAUUAUAUAAUUAAUUUGUUUCAACAUAUCCCAAUAAAUCAUAACGUAAACAUCAUAACAUUUGUUCCAAACUUGAAUAUUAUUAUCCAUUCUAUAGUAAAAUGUAACAUACAAUUUAAUUUUUACUAAUCUUGAUUCAUUACUUGGUUCUUUCCAUAAAUAAUUUGUAAAAUUUGAUUCAUUGAUUAUUCCCCAUAAAGAUUGAAUUGUUGCAAGCAUUUUGCUUUAAAUAAAAAUCUUAUGACUAAAAUAAAUAAUAAUUACACAAGAAAUAUUUAAGUAUAGCUUUUAAAUCUUUAAAGAGAUUGUCAAUUACUAUCCAAAAGCGAUAUGACGAACUAAAGGCAUGACCUAUGCAAACCUAUAUCGAAUAUCAACAAAAUUCCAACUGUUUCCAUCGUGUAACGUCCAACGAACAUUCGUGUGACAGCGCAGUCGUUCUUCUCAUUCUCUUUGUGUAAAACAGAGACGGCAAUAUGUUGUAAUACAAGUUUCACAGUCGCAACACAUAUUAACAAAUUCACAUAAACAACUGACGGUAUAUUAGCACAAAUUAGCUAACAAAGCGCCUUAUAUUUCAGUGUUUCGCAUAGUAUGUCUGCGAAUGUUUACGUAAUCGUAGCUACUGCACCCACACUAGCUUCAAUGGAUUUAGCACAAUUUGAGAAGUUGUAUGGGAUAGCUUUAAUUAGCCUAAAGUAAACAUGUAAAGAAAAUAUUUGUUAAGGUAAUCCUAAUAUUAAUAUUUUAUUUAAUAGUGUUUUUUAUUGUAUUUAUUUUGUAGUUGUUAACAUUACUUUAGUUGCUUAUUAUCUCAAUGUUAUUGAACUAAGAUAUUAUAAAUAUAUCUUGUGUUAAAAUAUUCAUUGGAUUAAAUGUUCAUUGGAAUGCUAUGAUUAAUGUUUUUUUAUAAAUGUUUUCGAGUAUUCAAUUAGUAGGAAAUAUAUAAGGUUUAUAGUAAGCUAUAGAUAGGUAAAGUUAAAAAUCUUAAGUUAAUGUCAAAUGAACUUAAUUUAGAAUUAAAAUUUAACCGAAGCUCAAACAAUGAGAUAACACACGAUAUGAAAUUUAUUAUUUUAAUUUGAAUGUUGCUUUAAUUACUAAAAUUCAGCAAAAUGUUACUGUUAAUCCAUGAUAAAGAAAAGCUUCUAAUUUUCAUGUUACAGUUUGCAUCCCAAAUAGACGAGUCAAAUAUGAGUUGCGUACACUUCUAGAUCUGCGGAAUCCAGUACUAAAAUCUCGAAUUAUUUUUAAAGUCCUAAUAGCUUCAUAGUUUUCAUUUGAAACCUUGAUAUUUUUGUUUUCAUAUUUAUUACUGGCCUAACGAGUCUUAAAAAUGUAAUAAAUAAA